AUUUGAUCUCUCCACGCAGGAAUGAUGUGUGUAGUAUGAUUCACUGCUACGUCAAAUUGAAUCAUGGAUUCCAAAACAAACCAAAAGAUUCCGUAAUUAGACUUUAAUUAUCGUUUGUAUCGCAAUUAACAGCUUCACUUUCUCUGUAUUGAACUGUUAAUCAACCCUAAUUUUAAACCUUUUUCUCAUUAAUCAAUCAAUAUUCAAAUCAAUUUCUCCUAUCAUUUUCAUUUCUCCUCUAUAUAAUUCCUUUCAUUCUCCUUCUCACUACACCCAAAAAUAAAGAAAAAAAACAGGGAUUUCACCAUUGAUGGCCAUUAGAAUUACACCAAAGCUUUUUCAAAGAUUCAGCCAAAUUACAAGACCAUUAAAUUCUUCCCCGACAACUUUACCCAUUUUACCUCUAAAUUUCGAUGAAAAACCCGAUUCAUUUCUCAUAAAACAACCCCAAAACGAAAAUCCUUCUUCAACCCUAAAUCUUGAUGAUACCCAGAAAUUAUUUUCAUCAUUUUCCACUACAAAAUUGAUUAAAUCAAUUUUAAAUCUUAGUAUGGCGUCUAUUGACCCGAUUGUUGAAAUGGGUAUUUGGAUUAUGAGGUCAAAAUUGAUUGAAAUACCCGUUUUUCGUCAAGCAAUUUUGGGGUCAGUUAAGCAUAGUUUUUAUGAACAAUUUGUUGCUGGGAAAGAUAUAAAGGAAACAAGUUUGAUUGUUGAGAAGAUUUAUGAGGCUGGAUUAAGAGGGAUGCUUAAUUAUGGAUUAGAACAUGCUUAUGAUAAUCUUUCAUGUGAUCAGAAUUACAAGACUUUUCUAAAUACUAUUGAGUCUACCAAGCUAUUUCCUGCAUCUUCGAUAAGCUUUGUAAUUGUGAAGAUAAGUGCAAUUUGCCCAAUGCAAUUGCUUGAAAGAAUGAGUGAUUUACUAAGAUGGGAAAACCAAAACCCUUCAUUUAAACUCCCAUGGAAACAAAAUACUUUACCAAUCUUCUCUAAAUCAAGCCCUUUAUACCAUACACUCAAAAAACCAAAACCAUUAACAAAUGAAGAAGAAAAAGACCUUGAAUUAGCCCGUCAAAGAUUAACCAAACUCUGUCAAAGAUGUUUAGACCUUAAUGUAACCCUAACAAUUGAUGCCGAGGACACGAAAAUUCAACCGGGUAUCGACUAUUUAACCUAUAAUUCAUCAAUUGGUUUCAAUAGAUUGGGUGAUCAUAAACCAGUUGUUUAUAACACAAUUCAAGCUUACUUGAAAGAUGCAAAAGAGAGACUGUUUUUGGCAACAAAUGCAGCUGAAAAGAUGGGUUUGCCUAUAGGAUUCAAGCUUGUUAGAGGGGCUUAUAUAUCUAGUGAAAGGAAACUGGCUAAUUCAUUAGGUUUUGAUUCUCCUAUACAUGAUACCAUCCAAGAUACUCACAAUUGUUACAAUGAGUGUGCUUCUUAUAUGAUUGACAAGAUUGUUGAUGGCUCUUUUGCUGCUGUUCUUGCUACACAUAACAUUGAUUCAGGGCAAUUGGCAGCUAAGAAAGCGAAAGAUUUAGGGAUAGGAAGGGAGAAUGAAAGGCUUGAAUUUGCGCAAUUAUAUGGAAUGUCUGAGGCACUUUCAUAUGGCCUAAAAAAUGCUGGUUUUCAAGUUAGCAAAUACUUGACUUUUGGGCCAGUUGAAGAAGUUAUCCCAUAUCUCUUAAGAAGAGCUGAAGAAAAUAGAGGAAUGCUGUCUUCUUCACGUCUUGAUAGGCAACUUAUGGGGAUGGAAUUGAAGAGAAGAAUGAAGGCUGGCUUUGGACUGUGAAAUAGGCUUGUUGGGUUAAUGAAUGUGUGUUUGUAUAAAGUGUCACACAAUUGUAAAAUAAAUAAUGUGGAGUAAUUAGUUGUUCACUUGUUUGUAUUCAUCUCAUAUUUUAGGAAAUGUAAUGUAAAAUUGUCCUUAAAUAGGAAAUGUUUGUUAUUGAGAAUAGAUUAAAUAUCUAUAUAUACUUCAAACAACCUUAAAUUAAAUAAUAUGUAAAUUCCAAACAUUUGAUCUCUA